AUGCAAUCCCUCAUCGUCCUCUCCGUUCUCGUCGCUGCCGCUUCCGCCGGCGCCAUCGGAGGCUGCGGCCUCGGUGGAUGCGGUCUCGGACUCGGACUGGGCCUCGGUAACGGACUCGCCCUCGGUAACGGACUCGCCCUCGGUAACGGACUCGGCCUCGGUCACGGACUCGGCCUCGGUCACGGACUUGGCCUCGGUCACGGAGCUGUGCUCGCCGCCCCCGCCAUCUCUAAGGUCGCCAUCGCCUCCCCCGUCCUCGCUCCCGUCGCCGUCAACCUCGGAGCUGUCCAAUCUCACUCUUACUCGUCUGCCAUCAACCACGGAGCCCUCGUUGGAAAGGCCAUCUCUCCCAUCGCUGUUUCCGCCCCCAUCGGAAUCGCUUCCGCCGCUCCUCUCGGUCUCGGUCUUGGCCUCGGGAAAGUCUGGUAG